AUGAAAUUGCAAGCCUGUGGACAAUCUGGUGUAUACUCGUCUCCUUCAUCUGCUCUGCAAAAUCUAUUUGCCCGGACCGAUGCGACUGCCAGCACUCUCAACGCCUACUAUGCACAAACAGAGGGCUGCGGACAAUGCCCAAAGCUACCAUCGAGAAUCCCGAAGAAAUCCUCAUCUACAGCCUCGGAGUCAGAGUCAAUACACCGCCUGACCCCCCGUGUUAAAGACAAACAGAAAUCUGCAGAGCAGCAAAACAUACAGGCAGACCAAGGAGGUCCUGGGGAAGCAGACAAAGGGACUGCAGAAAAAACUAAAAGAAAAAAGGAGGCGGUCAACCACAGAGCACGUCAUCCAACAACCACAGGGUCAGCUCCGGUGAAGGAUGCAGCAGCUGCUGGAAUACCUGAAAGGGCAAGGUCAGUUGGAAACCCUGGUGAUAAAAACUUGACCAUAAAGACCAUAGAAGGGGGUCCAAUGAUUUCCUUUGCCCAACCAACAUCACACCCUGUCCAAGCUAAAGCUGAGAAGUUCAACUUACUUCAGCGAGAUAACAGGAGACUUCCAGUGGUGACAGACCCAUGCGAGUUCAACAGACACUUCAUCCUUAAUGUCACGGCAGAGAAAGUGGAGUCCACGACAGCCACCAUUCGCUGGAAGGUUUUGGAUCACCAAGGCCCAAAGCAUUCACAAGUACAUUUCAGAAUUCUUUUUGAUAGGUUUGGCCAGCCUGUGAGAUUUCACCGGUUUAUUUACAUCCGAGACCAGUCAAACUCAGUCACUCUGCAGGAGCUGAAAGAGGACACCACCUACAUGGUUUGCAUUGAGAGUGUAAUUGCAGAGCAGGUGUGCCAGGUCGCCUCCAGGGACCACUGUACAGGGGUGGUGACUCUUCCUGAGGAGAAAAGGGCCGUGGAUUUCCAACUGUUAACUGUAAUCAUGCUGGGCGUCAAUGCUCUGCUUGUGUUUUUGGUGUUGUCAGUGUGGAUAUCAAGGUUACUGAGGAAAAGGCUCAACAGAAGGAAGUCUGCGGUACAUGUCAGACAAAUGUACUCAACAAGGCGGCCCCUGCGCUCCCUGGGCACUGGGGUGUCUUCUGAUUUCACUGGGUACCAAUCAAAUCGCCCUCGAAAUACAAUGUGUGCCAUUGAUGAGGCAGACCUCAUUGAGUUUCCCUGUGACCGAUUUCUUGACAACAAUAUCAGAAGAGAAGAGGCAAUGCAAAGAUUCUCUGAUUAGGCUUCAGAACAAAGGCCCUGCUUGUGUCUUUCCUCGGUCCUAUUUUAAGCCUAAAUAUCAGUAUUGUUGAUUUCUUCCAAUGUAGGCCUCAGUCAAAAAUUUACGUUUGGCUAUUCUAUACAAUGAGGCCCUAUUCCUAAACCCUUUAGGACUGUUUUAAAGAAAGUUUGUAAGGACUUUUUUUUUUUUUUUUUUUUUUUUUUACAUUAAAAAAUGUGAAUAAAAUAAUAAAUACAUUGUCUUAUAGAGAACUGAAAAAAAGUUUAAUGAAUAGCAAACUUUAUCAAAAUGUGCUUUAAAAUAAAACAGUUCUUAAAAUUUUUCUUAAGUAGUCCUGGACAUUGUUUUUAAUCAGCCCUUAAAUGGAGUCUCUUGAUAUCAUUAGUGAUAAAUGAGCAACAAGCUGUGCUCUGAUUUUUAAAGGAUACUCUGCAAUCAGCAACUCUCCUGACCCUACAGAACUGAGGGCAGUGUUUAGGCCCAAGGCCUUGACCCUACAGAACUGUGGGCAGUGUUUAGGCCCAAGGGCUUGACCCUACAGAACUGUGGGCAGUGUUUAGGCCCAAGGGCUUGACCCUACAGAACUGUGGGCAGUGUUUAGGCCCAAGGGCUUGACCCUACAGAACUGUAGGCAGUGUUUAGGCCCAAGGGCUUGACCCUACAGAACUGUAGGCAGUGUUUAGGCCCAAGGGCUUGACCCUACAGAACUGUAGGCAGUGUUUAGGCCCAAGGGCUUGACCCUACAGAACUGUAGGCAGUGUUUAGGCCCAAGGGCUUGACCCUACAGAACUGUAGGCAGUGUUUAGGCCCAAGGGCUUGACCCUACAGAACUGUGGGCAGUGUUUAGGCCCAAGGGCUUGACCCUACAGAACUGUGGGCAGUGUUUAGGCCCAAGGGCUUGACCCUACAGAACUGUGGGCAGUGUUUAGGCCCAAGGGCUUGACCCUACAGAACUGUAGGCAGUGUUUAGGCCCAAGGGCUUGACCCUACAGAACUGUGGGCAGUGUUUAGGCCCAAGGGCUUGACCCUACAGAACUGUGGGCAGUGUUUAGGCCCAAGGGCUUGACCCUACAGAACUGUGGGCAGUGUUUAGGCCCAAGGGCUUGACCCUACAGAACUGUGGGCAGUGUUUAGGCCCAAGGGCUUGACCCUACAGAACUGUGGGCAGUGUUUAGGCCCAAGGGCUUGACCCUACAGAACUGUGGGCAGUGUUUAGGCCCAAGGGCUUGACCCUACAGAACUGUGGGCAGUGUUUAGGCCCAAGGGCUUGACCCUACAGAACUGUGGGCAGUGUUUAGGCCCAAGGGCUUGACCCUACAGAACUGUGGGCAGUGUUUAGCCCUCGAUAGUUUGUAAGAAGAAAACAGAAACAUGGUCUGAUGUAACAAGACAGUGAGUUGCUGCAGAGGUUUUGUUUAUAAAACCAUGACAGGAUUAAGUUGAAUUUACUUUCAAAUAUAAAGUUAGUGUAUGUAUGCAGUGAUUUUAUAUAUAUAUAUAUAUAUUUUUUUUAAUGGUACCAUUGUGUUUUUUUAAUAUGUAGGUUGUUUUUAAUACAGUAAAAAACAAAUUAAAGAAUUUAUACUACACAGCCCACUUGGAAAUCAUAUAUGUGUUCACAUGUAUGCAUCUUACUUCACAUGCAUACAUGUGAAGUAAGAUUCCUUUCAUAUUUGUUUUCAGUAUGUGAUGUUGUACCUUCCACUAUUGGGAUAUGCUACCCUCCAGUAUAGUGUAUAUGCUGUCCUUUUCACAACAGGCUUCACUAGAACCUUACUAGUCCAUGAUACAAAAGUGCUUGUUAACACCCUGUAGAAUUAAAACAUUUGCUGGCAGAUUGUGAUUAUUAUUCAGAAAUCAAAACUUGUCAAGAAUGCACUCUGAUUCUUGUGUAUGCAUGUAUGAUAAAGACAAAAAACAUGUGUAAUUUAUAGUAUGAGGAAGGGCCUUCCUCCAAUGUUGUGAUACGUAGCUGUUGGGUAACAUAUGUACAGAAACAAAGCAUGUUAUUAAACCUUUUAUUAAAAUAAUUUAGAAACUAA